AUGGAUGAAUCUGUGAUAUUCACUACCGAGCAGAAUGCGCUGAGUACAAGUCUGUACUCUGCUGAACAAGCUGUGUUGAGACAAUGUAGCACAAACAGUAGAAACAGUGCUGUGCGUGUUGGGGAUAAGUACCUGUUUGUUGCUCAGAGUAAUAAGGCUCUCAUCAAUGUCUACAAUAUUUCCGGUGCCCAUAAGCGUGAAACUGUGGAACAAAGAUUGCCAACACCAGAGGUUAUAACAUGUUUGGAAGUAAUUCAGAACCGCUACGAAGAAAAGAGUGCAAUUUCAGACUUUGAACUUCCGCACUUACUGUUAGGUUCUACUGAUGGGGGUAAAAUAUACUGUUGGGAAUUAAAUUCCGGUGCUUUGCUAAGCGUAAAACAGAUGGCGCACUACCAAGGAAUUACAAAGAUAAAAUCGUUCAUGGACGGUAAAUAUUUUAUAACUUCUGGUAAAGAUUCGAGAGUGAUCGUCUGGCAGACAAUUGAUUUUGUAUCGAAUAAUGCUUCAGAGCCUAAGCCUAUCUGUAUUUUGCAUGACCAUAACUUAACAGUUAACGAUAUCGCUGUAUCAAUGACGCAUGGUGCGAACAUGAGUACUUCGGGGGCAAAACUAUUUACAGCAUCUGAGGACUCUACAGUUAGAUGUUAUGAUUUCUCUUUCUUAAGAGGAGACUUCAGGAAAAAUAGAAAGUCUCAAGAACAAGAUCAAAAGAUGUACCAGCCCAGAUUGCUAGCUACAUUUACGUUUCCAGCAGCCAUUGAGGCUAUGUCCUUGGAUCCAGCUGAUAGAGCGCUAUAUGUAGGUACUUCAGAAGGUUUGUUCAGCUUACCUCUGUAUUACACAGUUAAGGGUACGAGCACUGUUGCCAAUUUGGCUCAGGCCUCUGGUAGCAAUAGGAACAAGCUGUACUCUGUGGUUAUUAGUGGUCAUGAUGAUGAUUAUAAGAAACUAUUUUCCAUGGGACAACUGGUAUGUGACAAGCUGAUAUCUACGCCUGUUACAAAGUUAGAAUUAACCUUUGAUGCCACUACGAUACUGGUUGGGAACAAGUUCGGCAGGAUAUCCGUGGUGGAGAUUGCCUCGAAGCAGAUCUUGAAGACGUUGCAACCGUUGACCACAGCGGACACCGAGGAAGAUGCUAUUACUAAUAUCAUAGUCACGACGGUGAACAACUCCAGGCAGGACAGCAUACUGGAGCAACACCAGAGCAACAAGAACGUCCAGAAGUUGCCGGUGUUGCAGCGUGUUGUGCAUGACAAGGACCACGCCGAGCACGAAGUUUGGUACCGCGCCCCGGAGACCCCAGAGUUCUCGCACGAGCUCGAAUCCCUACCGCCCAUUGCCGACUUCGAGAAGUACAUGGACAGUAUAAGGUCCGAGGAGACAGUGUUCUUGACCACCGAGACCACGUCCCAGGUGAAGAACGUCAAACAAGAGCUAGCCCCCGCAUCGCAUUCCAACUCCCAGGAGCAACAGGAGCUUCAGCAAGAACUGCAGCAGGUCAAGAGUGCAUACAAGGAAUUGCGCGAACUCCACGAGUCCCUCUUCAAAGAACACGAACAGCUCCUGUCCUCCAUGAAAUAA